GAUUUUAAAAUCAACAUUAUUCUAACAACAAAAAUUCAACCAAAAAAAAAGAUUUUGGUUGAAUUUUUGUUGUCAUCAAAAUUAUGUAUUCAAACAAAGCCGAAAGCGAUCGAACAUUUCAACGAAUUCAUAAUAAUCAAAUUGAUUGGGAUGGAAUACGUUUUCCAUAUAAACCUGUUUAUGGUAUACCGAAAUCAUUGAAUUGUGACAAAUCAAUUCAUGAAAAAUUUGAUCAAUGUGAACAUUCAAUUCAACUAAAAUGGGAAGUUAUUAUACCUGAUUAUUUUUAUGAAACAAAAAAUUUUUGCUGUUUUGUUUGGGAAACAAUGGAUUGUGAGAUUGGUGUAGUGACACAAUGUUCACAAGAAUAUUCGGAAAAAUUAGCAUCCAAUACUAAAGAAACAUUUACAAAAGUAUGUGCUCAAAUUGUUAGUUCUGGUUAUGAUAGUUCGUCUUGUUGGUGGACAGCAGAACGACAAAAACAUGCAAUUAUUGCAGCCAUUGUUAUAGGUAUUAUCCUUGCAGUAAUUAUAAGCGCUUCAAUAUAUGGUUGUGUUCAUUGUUAUCGUAAAAAAGCUCCUGCAAAACUGUGAGUAAAAU